AUGAAAUCUAGGAUUCAUCUCCCAGAAAAUGUACCCUUAGGUACCGAAGUAUUGGAUAUAAUAAUUGAAGAGAACUCUGAUUUCUCACUAAAUAGCCAUAUUAUCUAUGGGAUUGAAGCUAUUGGAACAGAAAUGUCAGACACAUUCGCCUUAUCUAAGUCCGAGUCUCAAUCAAAGUACACCAUGCUACAGGCUUUCCUUUUGAAACCCAGAUUCAGUAGCAUUAAAGGUAGUGGUAUACUCCUGUCCCAAAAUGGUGUCCAUUUGAUCGUUGCUUCACCAUUAGAUCGGGAGCGUGUUUCGGCUUAUAGAAUACUUUUGCUAGCAUGUGAUCUUGACACCCCUCCGCUUUGUGUUUCUCAUCCUCUUACCAUUUUCCUGGAUGAUGUCAACGAUAAUGCUCCUAUUUUCCUUACACCCUCGCUUCCCAGAUCAAUGUGGCUUAAAUAUGUAGAUUACUCUGAAGACAUAUUAGAUCCUUCUCGCCCAAUCAAUAUUCCUGAGAAUAACCUCAUACCAUCGAAAAUGGGACGAAUAGUGGCCUUUGACUUGGAUAUCAAUGAUGAAGUCAGAUAUCACCUGGCUAACUACAAGGAUACUUUUAAGAUUAAUCGCCGUACUGGCCGAAUUAGCUUGAAAAGGACAUUGGACUUCGAAAAUCAGGCUGUUUUCGACCUUGUUGUUGUAGCAGAAGAUCGGAGCAGGCGUCGUUCAGUCUCUCCUCUACUUGCCGAUCGUCUUACCGGCGUUAGCAGUGGCCUUCAGACUUGCCUCUCUACCCUCUACUCUCGAUUGCCUAGCCACCGCUCGGCUUCGGUUUUGAUCACUGUUCUCGUCCAGGACCUCAAUGACAAUCCGCCAGUAUUUAUCUCUCCUGGCCGCGAUCACCUCUCGAGACCGAUGCUCGACACCGCGGGCACUAAUAUUGCUUCUUUUGGA